UAAUAUAACCGAUUCAAACCAUCUAACUAUAAUAAAUUACGAGUAACCGACUCUUACGCGAUUCUCUCCGUACUAUAAUGCAUUUGACAACCCACCUUUCUACUCGAAAGUGACAAGAAUGAACGGGUUUGCGAACCGUGGGUAUGAUGGCUUUGACGGAGGUCCGCCACCGCUGCGCCCUACGAUUGCGCCGAGGGGUCCAGCACUGGUUGAUUCCUAUCGACAAGACAGCCUCAACGACUUCGAAAGAGACAAGCCGCGAUUUAAUCCAAUGAAUCCGGGGCGCGUUCAAAGCUCGGUGCUGGUGGACCUGAAAGAUCCUGUCCAAGUACAUUUACUCACCGAAACCGCCUUGCUCGACAGCAGAGAGUAUGAGAUUUUAUCUCAGGAGGAAGUCGACGACCUCAAGAAACAAUGCCAGAUCUUGAAUCAACGAAUCGAGCAGACGAGGUCAAACCUUGCCAUCCAAUCCAAAUAUCGCGAUGCUGCUAUAUCAAUGUCUAAACUAUAUUCCCCAACCAAAGUCGAUUUCAAGAGAAGGAGUCUUCUAGGUCAUCGACACAGUGGAUCUGAUGCCGCACGGGAGGCCGAACAAGAACUCAGCACGAUCCAGAAGAAGUGCGAAGACCUAGCAUCCGAACUGUGGUCAUUGGAGAAGCGCACCAUGGAACCCCAAAGGCGACUGUUAGAACAUACUGCUGGUAUUCUUCAGCUCACGCACAAAGCAAACAAAACACCAUCCCCGAGGGUUCCCCUUCUUAACGGCGUUCCCGCUAGUCCCGAGAGCAUGUAUACUACGAUGAAUGGCCGUGACAGUUUCAGCAUGGAUUUCUUAGAAGACGGAUUUAUCUUUGACGAAGCAAGCUUGUAUCGAUCCUUUGACUCAUCCGACCGACCCGAUGAUCGAAGCCGGCAGAACGCUAUUGAAAUCCCCUUAAAGUCGCCUGUUCGGGGACAAAAUAAGCAGCUGACAGAAGAGACCGAGAGACUACGUGAGGAAAAUCGUGAGCUACAGGCACAAAUCAACGAGCUUAGAGGUCAGGGUUCAGACCCAUGGAGCCUAAUUUCAGAUACGGAAGGCAAAUUAGAGCAGCUCAAUUACCGGCUGCGCGAAAUAGUUAUCAGCACAGAUCCAGCCAAGAGCGAUACUUACGGUGCUAUCCCAUCAGGCCGACUAGAGCCUGGUGACAUGAUCGGUAGCCAUCUAGAUUACCUCGAAAAUGGACUAAUUGCCAUUGCUGAAGACCGAGGCAAUAGCCUUGAAUUGGCAGAGAGGAUACGGGCGCUCAACGCUGAAGUCCAAAACAUACUCUUGGGAGCCAAUACAACCCAUCCGCCGCCACCGAACGCAGAAUUAGGCGUUGAUGAGCAGCUCAGGUACCUGCGGGACUCGUUACCGACUAUCGAGGAUGAGCUGCGGCGAGCUGCGGACGCAACCGGUACAGACUCUGCCGCCAGAGGCGAGGGCGAGCAAUAUGAAACAGUUCUCAUGGGACUCUGGGACAUCAUCCAAUCAGGGUACGCCGAUUUACGAAAACGGAAGCAGGAACGACGAAAGGCUCGCCAAGAUAAGGGACUGGAACCAGACGAGGAUGAUAUGUCGGACGGUGAAUCUAUCGAUUUUGACGAGCAAUAUUCAUUGUCAGCUUUCUCAGUCAAGAUUCAGUGGCUGUACAGACAAGCUACCAAACUACAUGAGCAAAAGGGCGUUCUGAAACGUCAAAUUAAGCAGCAGCGCGAGCUCAACAGCAGGUCUGACUCCGAGAAGGAUCAAGCAUUAAGGGACAAAAUCGAUGAAGUAGAGCAGGCCAAAGAAUUACUUCACCAGGCAGAGAAGGAAACAGACAAUACCCGCUCGCAACUUUCCCAAGCCUUGCAGGACCUUGAAGAAUUACAGAGGGGCCGGACAGAAGAAUCCACUGCCAUUGACGAGGCGCGAGAGCAGCUUAAGGAGCGGAAUGCCAAGAUUGCAUCGCUGGAAGGAAGCGUUAAAGAAGUCCAGACGCGUCUAGCAACAGCAGAGGCUAAUGUUGCAGCUAUCACGACACAAUUACAAGAGGCCAAUGAUGCUAAGGAGGCUGCCGACAAGGCUAUUGAGGAGAAGGAGAGGGAUCUCAAGACCAAGGACGAGGAGCUUCAACAGAUGACAGGCAUGGUUGCCGAACUUAAGAUGGAAGCUACUCUUGCUAAGGCCGAACUCGACGGCGCCUACGGUUCUAGAAAAGAGAGGGCUGCGGAGGUUGCGGCUCUGCAUAACAACAACGAAUCGACUAAAAUGCACAAUAGAGUUGAAAUACUAGAGAAGGAGCUGAAAGCCACGGCCCAAGACUUGACCGAUGUUGUCAAGCAGUCGCUCGAGAGCGAGAAGAAGAUCGGCGAACUGGAGAAUGAGCUUGACCGGGUGAAAGCUGAGCGUUCCAAGAUUAAGGAUGAGAAGGAUAUGAUGAAUGACGAGCUCGAGAAGCGGCUCCAUGAAGCUACCAGUGAUAUCGAGGAGAGACUGGAUCGCGAGAUUACGAGACUACGCAAGGAGAAGGAACAACUACAGGAAGAGCUCGACAAAGAGCGACUAGGAUCAGCGCGUCUAGGACCACUAUCGCCUGGCGGUACGAAGACUUCGUACCUGACCGACUCCUACAGGUCGGGACUGAGAGCCGAGAGGAAGAAGUACGAGGAGCAAUUAAGGUCGGAACAAAUGGUACGGAGGAAGCUCGAGGAUGAGCUAAAAGCGUUGAAGAGGGCACAAGGACCCGGUAAGAGUCCACUGAGUCCUCGAUUAGAGCGAUAGUCCAACCUUUUAUUUUCUGUUGUCGAAUAUUAUUAUACCCUCAUGUAUCCUUUUUGGCUAGUGGAUGCCGCCUAUAGCCGUCAAGGGCAUGAUUUUGUAUUUCCCGUUCUUGUAUAAAAAUUGCCGACGGUUUGGCUAUUCAUUUAGAUACUACCUAGGUAUGCAUUGGGAAGGCGGUUCAGGGGACUCUUGGAUUAUAUUCCAUGUACUACUCGGCUUGGGUACCUACCUUACACAACCUGGCUGCUUUGAUUUUGGAUGUUCGUCUUGAGCGAGCAAGUUGAAUCGUUUGAAUUCGAAGAUGAGAAUGAGAAUACGAUUUCUAUCGCAAGCACGUCUACCUACCUAGGUAAUCAAUCUUGCAUGAUAUCUUUGCGUUUGCUUUUCCGUUAGUCCAAGUCUUUUAAAUUGCAGCGAAGUUCCUAUUACCUACCCCUUUGACGUAUAUCACGAAGAGU